AUGUCCGCAGGCAUGCAAGCGCGCACAACCUACCGCGCCCUCCUCCGCGAACUCCCACGCCGCGGCCUCAAGACCCCGUCCCCACUUCACCAAAACCUGCGCGGGAUCUUUCGCUCGGAACCUGCGACAUCUUCAUUGCAGUCUCAAUCGCAAUCUAACGCACUCCCCUUCUCAAUCCCGAAAACAGACGAAGAACGCACCCUCCGCCUUCAAGAAGCAGACCAGCUCGCGCAGUAUGCCCGCGCCCAGCGUGUCUACUGUGAGCUCCUAGAGCGCUAUAACCCUGGCAUGGGCAUGACUGAGGAAGAAAAGAUUCGUCUUACGGCUAGACGGGUUGGAUUUGAUUUGCCUGAGUUGCAUACUGCUGAGGGGAAGGAAUAG